AAGUAGGGCAAUAGUAACUAUAUAGUAUAUACUAGGCGUCCAUGUUGUAAGGUAACAGGGAGUGAGGUAGUUGCUACGUGAUAUUUCUUAUUUAAAUCGUAGAUAAACAUACGUAUCAGUGACAAGACUAAUAAUUAAUAUUAAGAGUAAUAACAACGAAAUACGUACGAAGAUAUAUUAUUUGUAGGAAGUUAAAAUUAAAAGUACAAUGGUAUUUGAUAGAAUGAAGCAUGAAAAAACCAAAAAAUAUUCAUCAGUUAUAUUUACACUACUUAUUUUUUGGACCUUCUUGCUUUCUUAUUAUUGGUGGUAUUUAUCUUCUGAAAACAUAGAUUUUUCGAUACAAGUAAAUCAACUAAACGAGCAGCUUAAAAUGAGUAUAGAAGAAAGGAAUCAGUGUGUAACAUUACGUAUGAAAUUAGAAGAAAGAUAUAAACAAAUUGAAGAUGACAUAGCUUAUUUACAUAUAAAAUUAGAAAAGCAAAAUAAUAUACAGAAAAAAAAUGAUGAACUUAAAAAUUCUAUGACAAUCUGUAAAAGUAAAUUGCACUCAUUGAGUAUAUUGAAUGCAAAACUAAAAGAAAAUGAAAGAUUUCAGAAAGAAUUAGAAAAGGUCAAAGAUGAAUUGGUAAAAUUAAAACUUGCUUAUAAUGCACCAGCUAAUAAUAUUAAAUCUAAUCCUACGUUAGCACCUACAAGAAAGGUCAUUGAUGCUAGUCAGUUACAUCUUGUUCGGGACUCUGCUAUAAGCAUAUCUGUAGCUGGUCAGCGUGGUUUGAAGUAUCAUCAAAUCCCAAUUCUACCAACAGAUCCACCUGGUGCUGUGCGCCUAGUUCCUCGUCUUUCAGUAACAAUGUUAAAAGGUAGUGGUACUUUCCUCAAAAUUCAGGGAAAGAAAGAAACUGCCAUGAAAAUCUAAUAGUUCUAUUUUUUCAAUUUUUCCAUAAAAAAAAAAACAUUCUAAUAAAUAAUUUUUUUUUUACUGAUAUAAUUUUCCAUGUUGAAAUUAUUUUUAAAAUUGAUUGGUCAUUUUAAAGAUUAUAUACAAUUAAAUUCUAGGAGAUUUUUUAUCAAAAAAAUAUAUACGAUAUAUAUAUAUGCAUUUAUUUGUUGUUAUAACAUAUAUGAUGAAUUUAAAAUCGUAAUAAAUAUUCAUGUAAUAUCAAUUGAAAUUUUAUUAUUUUAUAUAUAUUAUAUUUAUAUUUUAUAUAUUAUAUAUUAUAUUUUAUGUAUUAUAUUUUAUGUAUAUUAUAUUUAUAUAUGUAUUUUAUAUUUUUAUAUAUAUGUAUGUAUGUAUGUAUGUAUGUAUGUAUGAUAUGCGUGGAUAUAUAUACAUAUACAUGCAGGAAUUAGACAAAAUAAUGGAAACACUCUUCUAAUGCUGCAAUAAUUCUUUUUUGAAUUAAUGUCACAACCACCAUUUAUUGCAACAGUCAUUGAAUGAACAAAAAAAAUCAAACGAUCAUCUACAUAUUGCGAUCAUAAUAACUAAUAUUUUAUAUUAAAAAAUAUAAUGAAAAGUGCGUGAUAUAUUCGAUCGAUAGUUUGAGAAAAAUAACUACAAAAAAGAAAAACAAAGAUAAUCGCUAUUGUUAUCGUUGUUGAUAACCUUCUCCGUUGUCUGUAACGUUCGUUUGUUUUUGUCAAAUUAUUGCCUCUUUAUUCUUAGAAUCGUUUGAGUCAUGUUAGUUUAUUCUAUGUAGUAACCUCUAUAAUAGGUCAGUGUAUUAUUUAUUCUCGUGCGGUAUGGAUCGUAAGUACGUAGAUGCUGUGAUAUGGAAGAUUUAUCGGAUUUUCAAAGAAAAUUAAUUAUUCGUGCACAUUUAAUUGAAACAUUUGCAACAAAGACUGCUAUUUUAUUUUAUUUGGUGUAUCAAGAGGAAGAGUUUUUAAGGUUAUGACGCAUAUACAAAAAUCACGGAAAGACACUCAUCGGCUAAGAAGAGAAUAGCGGACGGAAAUUAAUCUUAUAUGAGAAGAAUCGUCGAAUAUUGAAGAGGAUUGCAAUCUCAAAACUGCAGAAAAGGUGACAACAGAACCUGAAUGAAUAUCUGUAAGAUCCUGUUUCAACUAAAACAGUCCGUCGAGAGCUUCAUAAAUUCAACAUCAAUGGUAGGAUUGCAAUUUCUAAGUUUUUAAUUACUGGUAGCAACGUUAUAGUGAGAAAAAAAUGGUAUAAUUAUCAUAAAGUAGGAAUUUCUGCGAAAAAAAAAAUAAUAUGGUCUGAUGAGUCACCUUUUUUUAUUGUUUCUAACAACAGAACGGGUUUAUGUCCAAAAAGGCUUAUGCUCCUAAAUGUAUAUCUUUUUCAAAUGUUUCCAUUAUUUUGGUUAAUCCUUGUACAUGUAUUUCUUGUUGAAAUGUAAUGACUUUAAAAUUAUUGUAAUGAAUAUUAAUAUAAUAUCAGUUUAAAUUUCA